GUGUGUGCAUCAGAGCAUCUCUGCAUCUGUCCCGAUCUGAGCUAUUGUGUGUGUGUGCAUGUGUGUGUGAGCGUGGGGGUGCGUAGAGGAAGACAUCAGGGGUGUGUGUGUGUGUGUGUGUUUGCACAGGUCUGAUAUUUCCAACACAACCAGAAGAGGAUAAACCAAAUGUCCUGAUUGUUGUCACUAUUCUUUUUUCCUUCCAAGCUCUCCAAGUGCCCUGUGCGCUCUGCGAAGUUUCUUUCCUCAACCCCCCUCUGCAUCACCACCCUCCUCUUGGUGCAGUACAUCUCCGGUGAGGAUACACACGCGGUACAGAGGUCCCUGAGUGGUCGAGCCAGAGAUCAUGAAGUGGAACCUCUUCAAAAAGAAGCCAGAAGCCAUGGUGGGCCCAGAGCCCACGGGACCCGGCGGCACCCAUCCGUCACACACCAUGACGAUGGCCCCCGCUGUCUCCACACCUGCGGACAACUCCACCGAGUCUGAGGGACCCGUCAACAAGAAUGAUGUCUUUGAGGAAAUCAAAAGCAAGUUCCUCAAUGAGAUCGAUAAAAUCCCAUUGCCUCCAUGGGCGCUCAUCGCCAUCGCUGUAGUGGCCGCCCUCCUCGUCCUCACCUGCUGCUUCUGUAUCAUUAAGAAAUGCUGCUGUAAGAAGAAGAAGAACAAGAAAGGCAAAAAGGGAAAGGACGGCUUCAACAUGAAGAACAUGCAGGGUGGAGAUAAACACCAGGAUGAUGACGAUGAAGAAGGAGAAACUGGUUUGACGGAGGAAGAGAAAGAGGAAGAAGAAAAAGAAGUGGAGAAACUUGGAAAGCUUCAGUAUUCGUUAGAUUACGACUUCCAGGAUAACAAGCUGACCGUGGGAAUCAUGCAGUGUGCCGAUCUGAUUUCCAUGGACUCUGGCGGAACGUCCGACCCUUACGUUAAAGUAUUCAUCCUACCAGACAAGAAGAAGAAGUUUGACACCAAGGUGCACAAAAAGACCCUCAACCCAGUGUUCAACGAAUCCUUUGUCUUCAAGAUCCCAUACCAGGAGCUGGGUGGGAAGACGCUGGUCAUGUCUGUGUACGACUACGACCGCUUCUCCAAGCAUGAUAUCAUCGGGGAGGUCAAGCUACCCAUGAACACUCUGGAUCUGGGUCAGCCGAUCGAGGAGUGGAGAGACCUGGACAGCGCUGAGAAAGAGGAGCCGGAGAAGCUCGGUGACAUCUGCAUCUCUCUGCGUUACGUUCCUACUGCGGGCAAACUGACCGUUUGCAUCCUCGAAGCCAAGAACCUGAAGAAGAUGGACGUGGGCGGCCUGUCUGACCCGUAUGUGAAGAUCCAGCUAUUGCAGAACGGUAAGCGUCUAAAGAAGAAGAAGACUACGGUGAAGAAGAACACACUGAACCCGUACUACAAUGAGUCCUUCAGCUUUGAGAUCCCUCUGGAGCAGAUGCAGAAAAUCCUUGUGGCGGUGACGGUCUUCGACUACGAUAAGAUCGGAAAAAACGAUGCCAUCGGGAAGAUCUUCAUUGGCAGCAAAGCCUCAGGCACAGCGCUCAAGCACUGGUCUGACAUGUUGGCCAACCCGCGCCGCCCCAUCGCUCAAUGGCAUCCCCUCCAACCGGAGGAAGACAUCGACGGUGCUCUGGCUGCCCUUAAUGCCAAGAAGUAACCUCUCACAUCUCAGCCUGACUAACCAACUAACUAACCAACCCGCCACUGCAUGACACCCCACACUCAUCCGUACGCGCUCUGCCAGUUUGUUUCGCAUAAUCACCAACAAAAAUAUUCUAAAGAAUAUACUUGAAAAGAUGAACAAUAUCACAUGUUCGCCACAUACUGUAAACUGAGGCAGGAGAAACGGUCACGUUUGGUCUGAAACAACAUUUGCAAAUAACAUUGUGCACCCAAAUCACAAACGUAAAAUGGCAUUAGAAGUAGCAGCCAGCAGAAUGAUAUUUCACACAGCCCAAUUUACCAGCCAAAUACACAAAACACAAAUACAACAAUAGGAAAAACCAACAAUGAAAGUGCACAAAAAAAUCAAUAAAUGCACCUGAAGAGACCAUUUUUGCACCUACAUGUCAUAUUAUUUUAAAUUUUUAACUGGAUUAGGCCUAAAUAUCACAAAAGGCUUCAUUCCAUGAACAGAAAGGAAUUUGUUUCAGGAUGUUGUUUGUCAGAUAGAAUGUUGAGCCUAAUCAUAAGUGCAAAUAAUAGUGAGUUUAUGUUGCAAAUAUCUACACAUUUGCACAGUUACAAAGCAAUGAUCACGUUCACUUAAACAUCCCAGGAGAAGCAACUGGUGUAGGGCAGAUUUGUUUACAUUGUCGAAAAGGUAAAUUAGGCCUAAGACACAUAAAAACAUGUCACAUUUGCAUUUAUGUGCCCAAAAGAAAAAGGAUUCAGGUCUAUGGUUUUGUAAUAGUGCAGUUAGAUAGGACUGUAUUGAUAAAUGGGCUAAUAAUUCAUGAAAUGUUGCAAUAAACAUUCAACACGCGUCAAGCAUGGUUUACACGGUCAGUGUACAGGUAUAGACACAACACUUUUACUGUAAUACUGCGGUUACAGUGCCAAAUCCAGACGCUCAUGUAUCUCACAUAUAGAAGAUCCCAUCUGGCCAAACCUGACAGGCACUAAAGCUGGCUGUGAAUGUAUCGUGGGAUCGUACAAAUGAAAUUUGCACUCAGUCGUUGUGUCCUCGAGAGCUCGCUGUCGUGUUUUCGGGAUCUCGGCCUGUUUGCAAACAUUUGAAUACCUGGUUGACAUCACUGCCGCCUUUGUUCGGAGCUCAGACUCAUUCAGUAUACUCCACUCUCCGAGAUGCCAAAGUAUUAUCUGGAACGGAAUAGUAACUGGGCGUGUGGUAAACGAUACUAAUAAAGCAAUCCGAAGCGUUCAGCUCCACUCUUCAUCCCCAACGAUGUUUGUGUAUAUAUGCAUUGAUCAAACUGGUUUCUACAGCAUGUACCUAUAAAUCGAUGUACAUAGAAGCAUGUUUUAAAGAUAGAGCAUAAUUAUAUUGUGUACGUGUGGCAUUUGUCCUUUUGAUAAUAAAAUGUAGAGGAAAGAAAAUGCACUGAAUGCACAUUUUAUGAAAUUUCCCUGAAAGGGCAUAAGACAUUUAAGAAUAUAUUAAUAUAGGGUUUUUCAAAAUACUUUUAAAUUUGCAACAGAGAAUUAAGAGCUGUGUGUAAACGUGAGUGUUAGACUCGUGCUUGUGGUGUCAGUUUCAUUUUAUUUGCAUUUGUUUACCUUUCUUGUCCAUGUAUUUGUCACGUUUCUGUGUUUAUUCUGUCGUGUUGAUGUGAAAAUAAGAAAUAAUAAAUGUUCAGGUUGUGAAUUUACAGGAAUGUCUUGUUAGGGUGGAUCUCACAAAAACAAGACAAAGUGUAUUUUGCAUUAAAAAAUGUUUAAGACCAUUUUAUUUUAUUGCAUUGUGUUUUAUCACAUUGCAUUGCAUUAAGUUAACAAGAAUUCAGUGCAAAAAAUGUGCUUCAUUUUUAUAAAAUAGUCCUAAACUAGGCUUCAUUUUAUCCUAUUUGAAAUAUAAUUUCUUUUUUCUUUCUUUUGAUUGAUAUGACCUGAAUGUUGUCUCAUGAGAUUCACCUUUUAAUGUACAGUGUGUAAAACCAAUUGCUGAAACUAGAAGCCAUAUGCAUGGGCCCUCGCAAGAGCUCAUUGUUUUCGGACAAAACAAACACCUCAACAGAUAUCAAUAAUAUUAACCUUCAUGCAUUUGAGCCAAAAUGAUGGGAGAGCAGCUGUCUGUUUCUCACAGUAACUGAAAGGAUAUGAAAGCGAUGCCCUCGUGUUUAUAGUAUGACAACUGAAGUCAUUUGAGAUUACAUGAUAAACAGCAUAUUCACAUAAUUGCUUGCAAAUAAAUUAUUAAGAGAUGUAUUAUCAUAAUUAUGGUGAUCCAAGUGUACAAUGGCAUGACUUUAUUAUGCAAUAUGUGUGCAAUUGACAACCAGCCCAAUAGAUCUGUUUAUUUGUAAAUUUAAUUUUGAGAUGAGUUUGUGUGAUUUUCUGAAUAACUACGCUGUACAUUUUCACACAGUGAUCUUUCGUUUUCCUGUUUUUGGAAAAUUACUGAUCAGAUGGCACUGCUAAAGUAUUUUAUUUCCAUGUUUUAGACGGGGGCAGCUGAAUGUGUGUCUAAAUCAAAACACAUAGAGGCCAAGAAGGGUGAUUAAUGAAUAAAGCUAGUCUUUUAGUGGCCAUUCAGAUGUGUUCUCAUAUUUAUUGUUUUUAAUACCUUCAUCGAAUGCUCGGUCUGUUUUAUGUAAUCAUUUCUUUUCUAUGACUUUCUGUUCGGUGGAACAGCCUUGGACUGUCUACAGCUGCUUACAAAUAUCUGUCUGCUUCUGUGUGUUGUAUUUUGCAAUAGGACCAAUGUAGAAUAAUGUCUUAAUGUUUCUUCUGUGGACGUGAAUCAAACUGCAGGGCUCUGGUGUUCCUCUGCAGAGCAAGCAACAAAAUCCCAGUCUUCCCUGGGACACUGUGGAUGCCAGUCGACUGGCCCCCUUCCCUCUCUGUGUUGAGACAGUUUUCCAUUCGCUGCAUACUAAUAUCGGACCAUAUAGUCACAAAGACCUUCCCGAUGCAAUACUGCCAACAUCCCAGCUUACUAACGUCUCCUAACACUCCCUGUAAAGACUCCUCCAAAGAACUGAUGCCUUCCUUUUGCGUUCGUCCGUUGUGGAGGUUCCAAUGUUGUCGAUUCCUUUCGUGGAUGCUUUGGCAUGCUUUGAAAUCCCCUUCUACGAUCUUAACACGUCGGCCAGUGAAGAAAAAAGAAAGCCUUUCAUCUGGCCGCUCCUGUAGCUUCUUGUCAUCCUGUACAACCAAUGUGAAAACCUCCAUGAAAACCAACCAGUAGAACGUCUACAUGCAGAUUUCUCCACGAUUCGUUAAUCAUAGGAAAUAAAGUUCUUUUAAAUAUA